AUGGUGACUUUUCUGUUUGCUUGCUUUUUGAUAGUUAUUGUAAAAAGUCAACGAGAUUUAUUAUCAAUUGAAGAAUCUAAAGCUGAAUAUGGUUCUGGAUGUCAAGGCCCAGCCAUGUAUCCGAUAUAUCAAGCUUCAAAUAUAAUAUCCAACUCUAACUCUAUAAGCGCAACAAUUUCAUUAUCUCAAGAAGGUAACCAGUGUAUGGGUGCAAGUAUCCCUAAACUUUUGUUCCAAGCAACCUAUAUCUCAUCAUCUAUCGUCAGGGUCACUAUAAGAGAUGCCAAUAAUCAGCGUUGGGAGCCUGAUAAUUAUCCAAACACCCCAGGUCCAAACCAAAAUCACCCACAAGUAAUCAUUACCCAAAAUCCUUUUUCCUUCAGUGUAGUCAGAGUAGAAGACCAAGAAGUCUUAUGAAACACUUCAAAUAGGUCUACUCCACCCUUUUUGUACUCGAAUUUAUAUCUAGAAGUGGGCUCAUCUCUUCCCAGCAAUCCCAACAUAUAGAAAUUGUCCGAGGAUGGCGCUAUUUUGCGCCAUCCUCAGGCAAUUCAAAAAUGGCCACACGAGAAUUGAACCCACGUGUGGGGUCAUUUUUGGUAUGUGGAGAAUAUUGACCUCCACGUAACAAAAAUGGCCCCACACGUGGGUUCAAUUCCCGUGCUGGCCUUUUUUUGAAUUGCCCGAGUAUGGCGCAAAAUAGCGCCAUCCUCGGGCAAUUUCUAUAUAUGGCCUUGGUGAAAGAGUAACGUCAUUUAGGCUUGACACUAAUGAAACCUUUUACACUUUAUGAAGCCUAGCACAAGACUGCCCAUAUGAUACAGGAAAAGGACAAAGAGGACAAAAUAUGUAUGGGCAUCACCCUGUGUAUCUUGAAAUGAGAAAUGGAGCAGCCAAUGGCGUCUAUUUUCACAAUGUAAAUGCGAUGGAUGUCGUAUUUUCCAAUGGCAGAAUUGCUUUUAAAACUAUUGGAGGGAUUAUGGACUUAUAUUUCUUUAAAGGUCCAACACCUGAAGCAGUUUUGGAGCAAUAUCAUUCCAUAAUAGGACUUCCUAUGCUUCCUCCUUAUUGGGCAUUAGGAUAUCACCAGUGCAGGUGGGGCUACAAAAGAUUAGGAGACUUGUGGGAUGUCGUGACAGGUUAUGAGUCUCAUGGAAUUCCAUUUGAUGUCUUAUGGAGUGACAUUGACUAUAUGCAGCAUUUCCAAGACUUUACACUGGAUUACUCCAGAUACUCUUUAACUUCUAUGUCAAGCAUGCUGCAAUAUGUUAAAUCAUCAGGAAGAUUUUUUGUACCAAUCAUAGACGCAGGAAUUGCUCAAACUGGAAAUUUUGCAGAGAAAGCUGGACUUGAAAUGGACGUUUUCAUAAAAAGAAACCCUACAACUCAAGAAGAGUUCAUUGGACUCGUAUGGCCUGGAAAAACGUAUUUCGUGGAUUUUUUCCAUCCGAAUGCGUCAAGCUAUUGGAGCAAUAUGCUAGAUAUUUUACAUGAAAGUGUGCAGUUUGAUGGGAUUUGGAUUGAUAUGAAUGAAGCUUCAAGCUUUUGCGAUGGAGAAUGCCCAGGAUUUUAUCCAGAUCCUGAGCUUCAAAUAACCUUGCCAUACACCCCAGGAAAUCAUUCACUAGAAGAUCAACUCCUACCUUUAUUAGCUAAGCACUAUGGAUCAAAUUUGUAUGUGGUUUUCAAUACUCAUUCUAUGUAUGGAACUAUGGAAACUAUAGCAACAAAUGAGUAUCUCCAAAAGAAAUUUGAUACAAGAGCAUUUAUAUUGUCAAGAAGCACGAGGCCAGGGCAUGGAACUGUUGGGUUCCAUUGGCUCGGAGAUAAUUAUUCGACGUGGGAUAUGCUUAGAUAUUCAAUACAAGGAAUUUUAAAUUUCCAGAUUUUUGGGAUUCCAAUUGUAGGAGCUGAUGUUUGUGGGUUCCAUAACAAUACCACGCCAGAACUAUGCUCAAGAUGACUCGAAUUAGGAGCAUUUUAUACAUUUUACAGAAAUCACAAUGACAUUGGUGCGCAAAGCCAAGAACUUUAUGCACUGGGCCCUUUAGUCCAAGAAAUAGGAACCAAUAUGAUAAGGCUGAGAUAUUAUUUGCACGUUUAUAUGUACUCUUGCAUAUUCAAAGUUGCUUUAAAUGGAGGCUCAGUCCUCAAACCAAUGUUCUUUGAAUUUCCAGAAUAUGAAGAAUUUUACAGCAACCAAGAACAAUUUAUGCUUGGCCAGGCCCUUGUUAUAGCUCCAGCACUAUAUGAAGGCCAAACUUCAGUUAAUGUGACUCUCCCUAAUAUAUUCCAGGGUCUGCUUUGGAUCGCGCUAGACUAUAUAUUGCCCCCUUAGCCUGCGGGAUUGAUUAACUUGAGCAGCAUCAGUUGCCAAGUCAACUCCACAGAUUGGCAAGUAUCAGCAUAUUUUCACUUGCCAACUCUACAGCUUAAGGAGGCAAAGUUUAGCCUUGGGCGAUCUAAAAAAGGGCAUAAGCAAUACUACUUUGUGGUAUGAUUUUUUUACAGGCGAUCCAAUUGAGUCGGGAAAUAUUCAACUAGAUGCACCAAUCGACAAAAUAAAUGUAAUUAUCAGAGGCGGUUAUAUUGUACCAACUCAAAAUUCUGCUUCUGCUAUGAGCCUUACAAGUAUGAGAAGCCAAGGAAUUGAGUUAGUUAUUGCAUUGGCUAGCAAUCAAACAGCCUCUGGGUAUUAUUAUGUUGAUGAUGGACUGAGCUUAAAUACUAUUGCUAAUAAAAAUUAUACGAUGUACAAUUUAACUGUAGGGCCAGAUAGCGAUGGGCAUAUUAAAUUGAAAAUUUCUCCAAAUACUCUAGGGUAUUUGAAAGAAAUGAAUUUCUUAACAGGAAUUAAAGUUUAUGGACUACCUAAGAAAAAUGACGUAAAUUAUUUACUGAACGAGGCUGGUAUUCAUGAAAAUAACGUACUCAAAAUGACUCUGAAUUUGGAUAUUUCUUUACCUCAAGAAAUUAUUCUUGCUUAA